AUGAGACCUGGAUUAUUAAAAAAUUAUGGACCUACUUAAAUAUUCCCAGAUGGCAAGUAGCAAAGGGCCUAGUCACUGUAUGCCAUUACUAAUCAUUAUCUAAAAGCAUAAGUUAGUAAGAACGAUCAGAAAUCUAAAUCGGUGAAUACAUAUGGAGUUGAAUGUACAUUUGAAAAUACUAUCAUCAUUAGAGAGAGACUUUUAUGAUCAAUUGAGAUUGAAAGGAAAGACAAAUAAAAGGUAUUGACUUAUUGUAUUCUUUCAUGCAGUUAAAAUUAAAGUGCUCAUAAGCCGAUUUUCAAGCUAAAGGGUGAUAAUAUUAUUGCAAUAAAAUCAAAAGAUCGAGAAUUAUACCCUGCAGAUAUGCAAUGGAACAAUGCUCAAAUAGGUAGGAUACAAGGAGAGAUUAGUGGGAAGAUUGAUAAGAAUUAUGCUAAAGUAAAUAAUAGUAAAAAAUAAGAUAAGAAGAUACUUGGAGGGGUCAUCAAGUGUGAUUGAUUAUUCACAAAAUAAAAUGUAUGACUAAUUCAAUUCAUAUGCCAACAUAACCCAUCAAGAACGAUUUUCAAAGGAUUGCGACAUCAUGUUCCGAACUAGCAAUAAUGUUUAGCCUGGGAAUGUUCAAACGAAUAGAGGUAUAGUGAGGACUAAAUUUGAACCAGAUUGGAUUCAAAGAGGAAAAUACUGA